AGUGUUAGAAGCAGCAGCAGCAGCGUCACCGCCGCCAAGGAAGCCGUCAAAUGUCUUGUCGUCGCAUGGGUUGUCGUCAUGCAGUCUGAGUGGUGGUCAGCUGACAGAUCCGGGUCUGUCUGUCAUGUUUACUUUCUCUGUUUUAGUUUAGUGCGUUAAAACCUGCGUUUCUGUGAAUGAAUGCAGCGGUAUGCGUCGCCCAGGACAACCAUGGUAGUCGUCAACUCGGUGCUCAAGCUGUUGCAGCGGCAGACCUACACCUGUCUGUCCCACCGGUACGGGCUCUACCUCUGCUUCGGGGGGAUCGUCCUCAUGAUAGUUUCCGCCUUUCAGUUCGGAGAGGUGGUGGUGGAGUGGAGUCGGGACCAGUAUCAUGUGCUGUUUGACUCCUACAGAGACAAUGUGGGUGGGAAAUCAUUCCAAAGCAGGCUCUGUCUGCCCAUGCCUAUUGAUGUGGUGUACACAUGGGUGAACGGCACAGACGUGGCUCUGCUGAAGGAGCUGAAGACGGUCAAAGAGCAACUGGAGGAGGAACAAAGAGUUCUGAGGGAACGUCUGGGGAAAAAUGCAAGCGAGGCAACUGAAGUGCCAAAAGAGAGUGUUAAGCCAGAAUGCCUGCUGUCCCACUGCAUCAUAGCGCCCAUGCUGGCACUGGACCCCGCUCUGCCAGCCAACAUUACACUCAAAGAGCUGCCGUCGCUCUCCUCCUCCUUCUCCGCUGCCAAAGAGCUGCUGCUGAUGACCAAACCCUUCCUCUCGUCCACAACCGUCUCUGUGGUCGUCUUCCACUCGCAGGCUGACGCUGAUAAAGCCUAUACAGAUGUGUCUAGAGAAGACCAGAAGUUCUCUGUGUCCAGAUGUUACCUGACGACAGAUAAAGAGGCUCCGGGUCUGAUCCGCAUGCAGUCUCUGGCCUACCUGAGCGGCUUCCCGGCAACCUAUAAAGAAACGGAGCAGCUGAGAGUCAAACUGCCGUCUACCAUAACCACUAAGAUCAAACAGUUUGAGUUGUACUCGGAGGCCAGCAUCGCCCUGCUCCACCUGAACACUCCGCAGGACUUCACUGAUCUCACCCAGCAGGCUAAAAAGAACCUGACCCUGGAUGGGAAAGAGUUAACCAUCAGCCCGGGCUACUUGUUCUGGGACCUCACCGCCAUCUCACAGUCCAAACAGGAUGAAGAUGUGUCAGCCAGCCGGUUCGAGGACAACGAGGAGCUGCGCUACUCGCUGCGCUCUGUGGAGAGACACGCCCCCUGGGUGCGACACAUCUUCAUCGUCACUAACGGGCAGAUUCCCUCCUGGCUCAACCUGGAUAACCCCAGAGUUACAGUUGUCACACAUCAGGAUACUUUCCUCAACAACAGCCACCUUCCCACCUUCAGCUCCCCGGCCAUAGAGACCCACAUGCACCGCAUCCCAGGGCUCUCCCAGAAGUUCAUUUACCUCAACGACGAUGUGAUGUUUGGCAAAGACGUCUGGCCGGAUGACUUCUACAGCCACUCCAAAGGACAGAAGGUGUAUCUCACCUGGCCUGUUCCCAACUGCGCUGAGGGCUGCCCAGGAUCUUGGAUCAAAGACGGCUACUGUGACAAAGCCUGCAACAACUCCGCUUGUGACUGGGACGGAGGAGACUGCCUCGGUGCGGCGGGGAACAGUCGGUUUGUGGCUGGGGUCGGCGGUGGCGGCGCCGGUGGAGGUGGUGGACAGGUGUGGCAGUUUGCAGGAGGUCUCGGGGGGACGUCGUACUGUAAUCAAGGCUGCGCCAACUCUUGGCUGGCUGACAAGUUCUGUGACCAGGCCUGCAACGUUCUCUCCUGUGGGUAUGACGUGGGAGACUGUGGCCAAGAGCACUUUGGCGAGCUGCACCAUGUGACCCUGCUGAGGGAUCAGAGCCUCUACACCCUCCCACUAGGUGAAACCAGACCGUAUUUCAGCUUCGACAGGCUGGCCCGCAGAGUCUCCGAGGCCCACGUGAGCGACAACCCGGCUCUUCGCCACACCUCCGUCGCCAACAAGUGGAAGACCAUUCACCUGCUGCUCCACCCGGGCCACAACGCCACCCAGAUCCAGUACAAUCUCACUUUCCAGAAAGAGGACGACACGGAGUUCGUAAUGAGCUUCAGCGUAGCCGUCGACACCCGAGAGGUGCCUCAGGCUAACGUGUCCCAGGCUGCGAGCAAAGACGCCAGCCAAGAGCCAAAGCCGACCCCGACUCUAGAGCCGCCGGUCCCGUUCUCGGAUGUCCCCGAGGACAAACAGGGUCCUAAGAUCCAGAAGAGGCCGCCUGGUGAACCUCAGGUUGUCGUAGAGGUGCCGGCGCUGAAUGUGUCGCUUCUACCAGCUGCUGUGCAGAGCGAGCUGCAGAAGCUGGAGGAGAAGCUUCUGAUCGGUGACAUCACUAUGAAGGGUUAUAACCUCACAAAGGCUGAGCUUCUGAAACCUUACGAGACGCUGGCUCAAAAGCAGCACGACAUCGAUUCACGAGCAGCUGAUGAGGGUGCAGAAAAGGUCCAUAAGCCCUAUAAAGACCUGGAGGGAGAGCAGUUGGAGGGGAAACCACCCGUGGAAGAUAAAGCAAAAGAUAUUCAGAAAAAUCAAAACUCAAAAGAAGAAAAGUCCAGGAAAGACGCGCCUGUAACUCCUCUUAUCCCAGUCCAUAUUGAUGAUAAGCUUGAGAAAGUAACUCCCAAACAUGAUCUGAAAGCUGCGAUCGAGAGGCCCAUGACUUCCAAACUGCUAAGCAGCAUUUCCAAAGCUAAGAGUGCAGAGAGUCAGGCAGGAGGAGCUCCAGUCGGGAGGAAACUCCAACACUUCAUCUCCGCAGACAGAGGCUUCCUGCCGUGGGAGAGGAGGAAAUACUUCCAGGAACUUCUCGAGGAAGAGGAGCGUCUGCAGAGAGAGUUGUCGUACGAGGCCGACGGCGGCGCCACCAGCCGAAGGCUGCAGGACACUUUUGCCGACUCGCUGCGCUACGUCAACAGGCUGCUCAACGGCCAGUUUGGAUUCACGUCCCGCAAAGUCCCCGCGCACAUGCCUCACAUGAUCGACCGCCUCAUCAUGCAGGAGCUGCAGGACACAUUCCCAGAGGAGUUCGACAAGACGUCAGCCCAUCGCGUUCGUCACUCGGAGGACAUGCAGUUCGCCUUUUCCUACUUCUACUUCUUGAUGAGCGCUCAGCAGCAGCUCAACGUGUCUGAGGUGUUUGACGAAAUCGACACGGACCACUCGGGCAUCCUGUCCGACCGAGAGAUUCGAACUCUGGCCACAAGGAUCCACGAGCUGCCACUCAGCCUCCAGGACCUGACCGGCCUGGAGCAGAUGUUGAUAAACUGCUCUAAGACUCUCCCGACUAACCUGACCCAGCUCCACCUGGUGAACCCAACUCAAGAGGCCUACUAUGACCCCAGCAUGCCUCCCGUCACAAAAGGCCUCGUCCUCUACUGCAAACCCAUCACAGAGCGCAUCCAGAAAGCCUUCAGAGACCAGAAUAAGUACAAGUUUGAGAUCAUGGGGGAGGAGGAGAUCGCUUUCAAGAUGGUGCGGACUAAUGUGUCCCAUGUGGUCGGCCAGUUAGAUGACAUUAGGAAGAAUCCCAGGAAGUUCAUAUGUCUGAAUGACAACAUCGACCACAGCCAUAAGGACGCUGCCACGGUGAAAGCUGUGCUGAGAGACUUCUAUGAGUCCAUGUUCCCGCUGCCGUCCCAGUUUGAACUGCCCAGAGAGUAUCGCAACCGGUUCCUGCAUAUGGACGAGCUCCAGGAAUGGCGAGUGUAUCGGGACAAGCUGAAGUUCUGGACGCACUGUGUCCUCGUGACGCUCGUCAUCUUCACCAUCAUGUCCUUCUUUGCCGAGCAGCUGAUUCUGCUGAAGCGAAAGCUGUUCCCCCGACGCAGAGUGAACAGGGACAGCAACCCUGAGCGGGUGUGAAAGAAAAGGAAGUCUUCCCUCUCCUCUUCUUUCUGCACUUCAACAACCUCCGCGUCCACCCCCACCCUCUCUCUCCUGCUCCGUAGAGAGGGUUCAGACCGGGUUGACUGGGGUGGAAACAGGAAUCCGAAGUCCUCCGUGCUUGUGUUGCAUCAGCGCCGACGGACGGAGGAUAGAGACUUCAUGAGAUGGCGAUGAAACAUUUUGAAGAAGAUGAUGGAUGGGGCUGGCCGCUGAAAGGAACGGCAGCCACAAAGAAGAAGCUUGUAAUUCUUCUUUUCCUCCGCUGGGGGCGUCUGAGACUUUUGUACAACUCACAAACUUAAGUACACAAACAAACACUCCCUCCACACUGCACCACCCUCCUCUUGUCACUGAUUCAUGUGCUGUUAAAGUGUGAAACGUUUGACAGCAGCUGGUGAGGACUCGGUGUGUGUGUUUGUGCAGCAAUGCAAGUUUACCAUAGAAUCCACAAACUGUUGCGUUUAAAGCUCAAACAAUUAGCGGAUUAAUCGAUCGGUAACUAUUUCGAUAAUCAAUUAAUCGUUUGAGUCAAGGAAAAAUGCCAAACGUUUUCUCUGUUUUAUAUCAUGGUACUAUAAGUUGAUUAUCUUUGGGUUUUGGACUCUUGGUCAAACAAAAAAAGACAUCUACCUUGGGUGUUGGAAAAUUGUGAUGCGUAUUUUCACAAUUUUAUAAAUUAAAAAAAAAUAUUAUUAAUUGAAUAAGAUUGUCGCCAGUUAAUUAAAAAAAGACGGUACAUGCAGCCCUGGUUGUGUUUGGCUUUUAUCGCUAUGGCUUCAUUUUAAAGAAAUGAAGAAAAAAGCUUAAACAUAUAGGAUGAAUAAAAUGUGUUGGCUGUUAAAAAACUAUGAAAACUUGAAGUGCCUUCGUUGUUCAUUCCCGCUUGUUUGAACAUUUUUGUUUCUCUCCUUUUUGUUUUUUUUACAUUUCUUCUUAUAAAUGUUGAUCACAUCACACCCUAAUCUAGUGAUUUACAGUGAGAAUGAAUGGGAUAUAGGAUAAUAAUGAUUCUUAAUGUGGUACAAAUAUAACUGAUUGUUGGAGCUACAUGUAAGUGAUGCUACAGCUAUCAUAGCCACCUGUAUGUGUGUCCCUGUGGGACUCGACGGGCUCGCUACUGUCUGAAAUUCAGACCCCCUCAGCAUGUUCUGUAACUUAUUUUGAUUGUAUUAUUGUGGCUGUGAGCUCGGUGAUCUGAUGCAUCUGAAUGUAAACAUCAAAAAAUGCUCGUCAACUACUCCAAACUUUUUUUCCUCUGAAUGUCAGUUUUACAAAGUUCUUUAAUAUAAUGACAGAAAAGGAAGUGACUGCUUGAUGCAGUCAGCAUUUUACAAUAAAAGUCACUUGAUGUGUUGCGGUAUGAUUUCAGCAGGCGAGGCGAUGAGUCACACAUCUGGAAAAUGGGAUUUCCUCAGAUUGCAUCAGUUCAAUAACUCCUCUGACUGAAAUAAAAUGUGGUUUGGUUCAGU